CACGCGUUCUGCCCGGGAGCAGCAAGCAAGCCGCGGUCGUCAUGUCGUUCACCAAGGAAGACGAGCUUAAAGAUGCGCAGGUGUCCGAGCUUCGCGACGUGUUCUUCAAGUUCGACACGGAGCGCACGGGCACCGUGGCCUUCGAGCACGUGGACGAAAUCCUGCGAACCGCCGGGCGCGUCGUCACCGACCCGGAGUUCAAGAAGCGCGUUAAGAGCACCGUGCCCGCGGAUCUCGAGAAGAAGGUGAAGUUCCCGGAGUUCGUGGACCUGGUGCAUAAGUACACGCGCGCGUUCAACGCCCAGAAGGACCUGCACGACGCGUUCCGCGUGUUCGACCGCGACGGCCAUGGUUUCAUCACGACGGCCGAGCUGCGGCACGUGGUCACCACGCUGGGCGAGCGCAUGACCGAGGAGGAGGCCGACGAGCUCAUCCGGGAGGCGGACGCCAACAACGAAGGGCACGUCGACUACGAGGAGUUCAUCAAGACCAUCUCCACGCCUCUCCCGCCAGACCAGUAUGGCAAGCCGCCCAAGAAGAGGCCGCCACCGCCGCCGACGACGAGCACAGAAAUUCAGCCGGCGGGCCCCGACGCCCUGGUGACGCCAAGCGCGAAGGGCGCGCCAGCGGAGAGGGCGUCGACUAGCGCAGUGUCCGACGCGCCUGCGGGUGGCGAAGUUGCCGCGGCAGCGGCCUCAGAAGUCAGCGACAAGUCUGGCGAGAAGUCGGCUGACAAGUCCGGCGAGAAGUCCGGUCACUCUUCCGAGCACCGCAGCGAGGACAAGUCCGGACAGGGUUCGAGAAAGUCAUCCACCAAGGGAUCCGCUACGAGCUCGGGCAAAGGGUCCACUUCCGCUUCCGGAAAGGGAUCCGCAGCUGGCUCCGCGGAGACGUCCAAGAAGUCUUCCAGGAGGAGUUCCGGUGUUGGUGAGAGCCACACCGCCGUCGUUGCCGCCAAUAGUGGUCUACCCGUCGAGGCAGUCAUGCACAAAGCACCCGCCGUGAAGGACGACGGCAAGGUCGCCGACAAGUGA